CUAUCUAUUCUUGUAAACAUGACAAUUGAGGCGAUGUUUAACUAUAUAUUUUUACUUUUCUUCUUUACCGUGAGCUUUGUAAACUUUGUAAAUUGUGCUUGUCCUUGUGAAAAUGAACAGCAGUGUGAUAUAGUUAAGGAUAAUAAGCGAAAAGAGGUAUUCAUAUUUUCGUUGGAUAAGAGAGAAGCAAAAUGGACCCAUUAUGAUUGGUCCAAAGUGACCACCGUGGUUAUGGUUGGGUAUAUUAACCUUGAUUUGAUGUGUUUUGCCCACAAACACGGAGCAAGAGCUGUUCUAAUCGCAAACUACCCAAAGGCUAACCUGACCAAUGCGACGCAGAGAAGUAACUGGGUUAAAGACCAGCUAAACAUUGUACAGAAAAACUACCUGGAUGGAAUAAAUUUCGACUUCGAAGACUUCAUUGCUGAAGACAGGACAGACCAGAGGGACGGUUAUACCGCUCUUGUAAAUGAAACUUAUCAGACAUUCAAACAAGCCAACAAAAAUUAUCAGGUUAGUGUAGACGUGGCUUGGAGUCCAGUGGGGGUUGAUCAGAGGUUUUACGACUACCUAAAACUCAGUUAUGUUAGUGAUUUCUUGUUCAUUAUGUCUUAUGAUGAACAAAGUCAAAUCUAUGGAGAAUGUAUUGCUGGCGCAAAUUCUGGAUUCUACAAAACAGAAUCAGGUUUUUACAAGUACUAUGAAAUGGGAGCCGAUUUAAAUAAGUUAGUGUUGGGAGUACCAUGGUAUGGCUAUAUUUACCAAUGUGAAAGCAUCACAAAGGACAAUAAAUGUGCAAUAAAACAUGUUCCUUUUCGAGGAAUCAACUGCAGUGAUGCAGCAGGAUCAGAAAUCAAUUACAGUUAUAUAAUGUCUUCAUUGCUACCUAAAUCUUCAACCGGGCGAAUAUGGGAUAAGAAAACACUUUCACCAUACUUUAACUUCGUUAACAAUACAGUAACAUAUCAGAUAUGGUAUGAUGACCCAGAGAGCCUCGUUCUGAAAUACAACAUCAGUACGUAUCACGGACUACGAGGGGUGGGCAUGUGGAACGCUGACGCUGUGGACUUCCAGAUAGACCCAGAGGGCGCCAAAAAAAUGUGGGACGCUCUUCCGGUGUACUGAGAAAUAGUCCAUGUGAUGUCGACAUUUUAAUGUGCAAUAUCUUGUAAUAUCAUGUUUAGUUUUGUCAAUUAACAUUUCAUUAGUUUUUAUUUGUGCUUGAUACCAUUACUUAUUCUACUAUACAUUGUAUUCGUGGAAAAGAUCAAAACUAAAAAUU